AGGGUGCAAACAAACAGAAACUAUUUCAUUAUAUCAGUAAAUAGAAGGGACUCGAACAUGGCGAACCAAGAUGUGGAGUCAAUUAUCCUGGUGACCCAGCAGGUCCUAGGAAAAUACAUCAAGAAGCCUCCUCUCACGGAGAAGCUACUCAGGAAGCCUCCCUUUCGCUUCCUAAUGGAUGUUUUUAACAAUUUCAUCAAGCAAACGGGCAAGUUCGAAGGUCUAUACCUGCCGGAAGAGCAGCAGUUCGAGAACAUAUCCGAUAGAGAGGACAAAAUAAGGUUUCUCCAGAAGAUGAUCGAUGUUGUCAAACUGACCACUAAACUGGAGCUUAAAGUCCGCACCUCUAAAAUAGUGGCUGGCCAGGAGCCGGAGCUCACCAAUGAACUACUCCAAGCAAUGGCCAGUGUAGCGGAGAAGAAUCUCGAUUGGAAGAGUGCCGUAGAUCAGGUUGUAGGAGCUCAUAGUAAGCCGGUGAAAGCCACAAAGUCGAAGGAUCCAUCUAGUAAGAAUCCAUCGCCCGCUGGCAAGGAGGAGGAUCCAAAGAAGCCUAAGGAAAAACGCAUAUCGCCGCAGGAGCAAAAACUGCGCAAGGCCACGGAGCAAACUUCCCGCUCCUCGCCCACGGAUAAGGUCUCUCAAAAGAAGGCCAAGAGUGGAGCUGGAGGAACUGACCCGAAACUGAGCCGGCAGAGCUCAAAGCAGAAGACCCCAUCACCCGUCAAGCAAAAGUCCAAAGUCAAAAAGGAAACAUCCACUGAAAAUUCCAGCCUACCCAUAGCACCCGCGGAGGAACAAAUAAUCAAGAAAGCAGCUCCUGAAGCACCACUUGACCACCCACCAGUGGAAGUAACAAAUAAAGAGCUAUCUCCUGCGAAAAUUACCAAAGAGGCAGUGGCUGAACCUGCCCAGAUACCAGAUCCUGCUGCCCUAGCUCCACCUGCUGAGCCCGAAAGCCGUAAAUCCUCUGCUCAGCGCCGCAGUUCCGCCUCCUCCACCAAGAGUCGUCGGUCCAGUGGCAGCCAACGGCAAGCCGACCCAAAUGGUAAUGAGAGUAACCAGCCAGAGGUUCAUCAAGAACCGACUGCGCCACCAAUAGAGUCAAGUCCUCCUACCGAAACUAAAAACAAUAAUGGCAACAACGAGACUAAACGGGAAAUUCCUCUUUCCCGGGAUAACUCCAAGGAUUCAAAUCAGCGACCUAGAACUUCACUUAGACCGCCAUCGGCCCGACCAGCUUCAGCUCGUCCCGGAGCUCCGCGACGCCGCAAUGUGGAGAUUGUGCUUCAGCCCAACGACCAGGUCAAGAUGUCGGGCAUUAAUGUGAAGCUGGAAACCUUCGGCGACCUGGAUGAUGACGGGGAAAACCUUGUGAUCAUUGAAGACGCCAACUCCCAUGACAUUAUCGAAGGCAAGGGGCCAGAAGAAGCCCCCUUAGAGGGACAAGUGGACGCCCAGGGCCGGUUGGUCCAGCAAAUCCUCGAGACCCAAAAGGAGCUGGUUCACCAAAAUCCCGAGAUAGAACCUCCCCAGAGUGCCACCACCCGUCAAAGUUCCGCUCGCCAGGUAAACGAUCUCCGCGACACUAUCCAGAGCCUCACAAAGGCCAUAAAUCCGAUGGGAAAACUACUGGACUUUGUUCCGGAAGACGUGGAUGCAAUGCAACUGGAGCUGACCAUGUGGCGGGACACCUACACCCAGGCAUCGAUGGAACUGAAAAAGGAACGGAGUCUCACGGCGUCCGCGACAGAGCCCUUGAAGCACCAGCUGCAGCAGAUCCAAGCCAGCAUUGCCGAGUACCGAGAGCUAAUAGACGAGAGCCGUCACAGGAUCCAGCAAAACAAUGCCCGCAUCCUUAAAAUGCUGAUGGAACAGUGAAGAAUUAUGGA